AUAAUAUAAUACAGUAUAGACGUACCUAUGACGUCCAUGACGAACGUGCUGCAGUAAUAUAUCGUAUACCCAGCACGCUAGACGCAAGACCAAAAAACGUUUUACUCUCGUCGUGAUCGUACGCUGUGAUUGCUAAUUAUUAUUAUUAUCUGUUAUCAAUGAAUCGAUUUAUAAUUAGACGUUUUGCGAAAAAAAUAAUCACAACAUUUUAACAGCUGCAAACCUUCCUGUUCCGAGCGAUAGGUAUAUCGCCCAGCGUUCAGUUUUCUUCAUGUCCGGCGCUUGUUUUUAAUUUACCGCAUAGUGAAUUCGUCGUCAUCGAAUAGAACCAUGAAGGCGAUAAGUUCCUGGUUAACAUUAUGUUUAUGUUUCGUUUUGGGUACGACAGGAACGGGAAUAUUGUGCAAUCCAUUAAUCGAAAAACGUCAAACCGAAUCAUGUUCAGUAAACAUGUUCAGCUGUAUAAAUGAGGAGUGCAUUGAUGCGUCAUCAAUUUGCGAUGGAGUCGCAGAUUGUUCAGAUAAGUCAGAUGAAACCCAAAGUUUGUGUGCUCCAUUGUUUAAAACAUGUCCGGGAUCUGCGUUUCGUUGUAAAUACGGUGCAUGUGUAAGUAAAAAUGCAAAAUGUAAUGGUAGAAAAGAUUGUGUCGAUGGAUCAGAUGAACAAUUACCUGAAUGUAAAAAACUAGGCCUAAGUAUUCCUUCUAGCCCUACAAGACCGCAACAAACUCAAGUAGCUAGUCAGGCUAAAUGCUUACCUCGGGAAGAGUACCGCUGUACAUCUGGCCAAUGUAUAGAUGUAACAUCUAUCUGUGAUGGAACUUCAGAUUGCAAUGACGGAUCUGACGAAACAUCGGAAUUGUGUAAAUCAAGGGUGUGUCCAACGAGUACAUUCACGUGCAACUAUGGUGCCUGUAUAAGUAAACAAAGAAAAUGCGACGGUUCGCAGCAAUGUGCUGACGGUUCCGAUGAAGCAGGCUGCGGUUCCAACGGAGACCGCAAACCUUCGUCAUCAGUUAACCCGACAUCACAAUUCACGCAGAGACCGACUACCUACCAAACUAGUAGACCAACAACGCAAAGAACAACAACGCAUGCCAAUAAUAUGAAGUCAUGCAUGGUACCGUAUAUGGAGGGCACUGUGUAUUCUUUAUUCGAAACUGAAUCAGAUCAAAAUCCUUCUUUAUCACCUGGAUCAUUUGUUGAUCCGAGCACAGCAGUUGAAGAGAGCUGCGAAGAAGGAUAUUAUAAAACUACUUCUAAUAGAAUUAUAAUUUGUUCAGGAAAUGGAAAAUGGAAACCAAAGGCUGAUAAAUUAUGUUUGAAAAAAUGCCCAUCUGUGUUUUCGGAAAGUUUAGAUGUCGAAUGUAUUUUCAAUGGUAUAAAAGAUGAUUGUUCAAACCCAUCAAUACCGGGCACUGUAUUAACACCAAAAUGUAAAGUUACACACACUAUACCAAAUGGACAAAUAGAGACACCAAUUAAAUUACGUUGUCAACAAGAUGGAAAAUGGAGUGACCGACUUUACACAUGUAUCCCAUAUUGUGGCAGACCAUAUACUCCUAACCAAGUAUUGAUUCUAGAUGGCACUGAAGCUAAAUAUGGAUCAGCACCUUGGAAUGUUGGAGUAUAUAGAAAAUCCACUAGAAAUAGUUUUAACAUGAUAUGUGGAGGAUCACUGAUUGCUACAAAUUUAGUUGUAUCUGCUGCACAUUGUUUUUGGCAAGAAAAGUUGACGAGUAGAAUAUUAUUAAACGAUGGUACAUAUAAAGUUGGCGUUGGAAAGUAUAAUAGUGACAUUACAAUUAAGGACAACGAAUUUACCCAGAUUAUCGAUGUGGGAUUGAUAUACUUGAGAGAAGGUUAUUAUGGUUCAUCCGGAUAUCAUGCUGAAGAUCUAGCUAUUAUUGUGUUAUCAAACAAAAUUAUACUUAGCAAUGUAGUUAUGCCUGUUUGUGUGGACUGGUCUAAAAGAUAUUCCGUUUUAAAUGGAGCUGUUGGAAAAGUCGUUGGCUGGGGUAAAACAGAAAAAAUGGUUGAAAGUUCUGUUUUAUUAGAAGCUAAUAUACCAUACAUCGACCAUCAGACUUGUCGAAAUAUGUACCAAAACGGAUUUCAAAACUUCGUUUCUGUUGAUAAAUUUUGCGCCGGUACUAUAAGUGGACAAGGAGUUCAUCAAGGUGAUAGUGGUGCCGGAUUUACCUUUGAACAUAGCUCAUUACAUUUUUUAACUGGAAUUGUGAGUGUAAAAGAUGCAACCACAAAUGAUUCAAUCGCAGUUUUUACAGACGUUAGUCGCCACAUUUCCUGGAUUCAUGAAAUGUAUACCAAUUAUACUUAUGCAAGUGACAGUUUUUCUAGAUCUGUUAGAUAGUGCAGUGAAAAUAACUAAUAAUUAUAUACUUAUCAUCUUACCAUAAUUAUUUUAAUAUUGAACUCGAAAUUUAUAUAUAUUUUUUCACCUUUGUUAAAUUAUUAACUUUUUAUACAUUUUGAAUGAUUUUAUCACAAACACAAAGGAAUAAUAAUACAUAUAUUAUAAUUGUAUAAUUCAAUAUUAAUAAAUUUAUUAAAUUAUGAGUUG